UUCUGAGGAGGGUCACUUCCUUGCUGGCUGCCUCCAGAAGAGUCGGCUUCUCAGCGACUCCUGGGGAGUGGAUGCAGCAGAGGAUAGCCAGGCAGCAUGAUCCUCCUCGCAAUCCUUUUCCUCUGCUUCUUCUCCUCCUACUCUGCCUCUGUUAAAGGUCACACAACUGGUCUCUCAUUAAAUAAUGAGCGGCUAUACAAACUCACCUACUCCACGGAAGUGUUUCUUGAUGGGGGUAAAGGAAAAGUGCAAGACAGCGUGGGCUACCGGAUCGCAUCUGAUGUGGAUGUUGUGUUACUGUGGAGGAAUCCUGAUGGCGACGAUGACCAACUGAUCCAAGUCACGAUAACGGCUGUCAAUGUUGAAAAUGUGAACAAACAGAGAGGAGAGAAGAACAUCUUCAAGGGCAAAACUACCCCUAAGAUCAUAGGAAAGGACAACCUGGAUGCUCUGCAGAGACCCAUGCUUCUUCAUCUAGUCCGGGGGAAGGUCAAAGAGUUCUACUCAUAUGAAAAUGAGCCUGUGGGCAUAGAAAAUCUCAAGAGAGGCUUGGCUAGCUUGUUCCAGAUGCAGUUAAGCUCUGGAACCACCAAUGAGGUAGAUAUCUCUGGGGAUUGCAAAGUGACCUACCAGGCUCAGCAUGACAAAGUGGUCAAGAUUAAGGCCCUGGAUACAUGCAAAAUUGAGAGGGCUGGAUUUACAACAGUAUUGGGUGUCAGUUCAAAAGCCAAAUCUGUCACCACCUAUAAGAUAGAGGACAGCUUUGUCACAGCUGUGCAUGCAGAAGAGACAAGGGAUUUUUCCUUGAAUUUCCCACAAACCAUUGCAGGAAAAAUAGUAUCAAAGCAGAAACUGGAGCUGAAGACGACUGAGGCAGGCCCAAGGAUGGUGCCUGGGAAGCAAGUUGCAGGCGUGAUUAAAGCACUUGAUUCAAAAUACACAGCCAUCCCCAUAGUGGGGCAGGUCCUCCAGCGUGCCUGCCAAGGAUGCCCUUCUCUGGCGGAGCACUGGCAGUCUAUCAGAAAACACCUAGAGCCUGAGAACCUGUCCAAUGCCAAGGCCGUCAGCAGCUUCCUGGCCUUCAUUCAGCACCUCAGGACUGCAAGGAGAGAAGAGAUCCUCCAGAUCCUGAAGGCAGAGAAGAAGGAAGUGCUACCUCAGCUUGUAGAUGCUGUCACCUCUGCUCAGACUCCAGACUCGUUGGAAGCCAUCCUGGACUUUUUGGAUUUCAAAAGUGACAGCAGCAUUGUUCUCCAGGAGAGGUUCCUCUAUGCCUGUGGAUUUGCCUCCCACCCCGAUGAAGAACUCCUUCGAGCCCUCCUUAGUAAGUUCAAAGGUUCCUUUGCAAGCAACGACAUCAGGGAAACGGUUAUGAUCAUCAUUGGAGCCCUUGUCAGGAAGCUGUGUCAGAAUGAAGGUUGCAAGCUCAAAGUAAUUGUGCAGGCUAAGAAGCUAAUCCUGAAUGGACUGAAAAGCCAGAGAAAAAAGGAGGACACCAUGAUGUACCUGUUGGCUCUGAAGAAUGCCUUGCUUCAAGGUAUCCCGCUCCUUUUGAAGCACGCUGAGGCUGGAGAAGGGCCCAUCAGCCACCUGGCUAUCACUCAGCUCAGGAGAUAUGAUGUCUCCUUCAUCACCGAUGAGU